CUCACCAGUGGUUAUUUAUGCGAACCGUAGUAGGAGCAUCAGUGCAUGCCCAGUGCUCUGUGAUCCCGUUAGACGGCACGAUGUACCCACGGACAACCACCUGCUUUCUCGCCGCCGCCGUCGUCCUCCUCCUCCUGCCCCUUCUGACCUCCUACCCAUGCACGGUCGCCGCACAUCGCCUGCCGCCGCCCUCUCCUCCAGUGCUGCUGCUAGGUGGCGACGCCAGUGCUUGCGGCCGGAGCGCGGCGCGUGAGGGGAAGGGGCUGGCGGUGGGAGUUGCCAGGCGCUUGGGGCAUAGGCCGCCGGUGUGGAGGCCUCCCUCGCCGAGACCCCAGGCCAGCCAGGGGGUGUACACGCCCACGCCGCCACCGCCGCCGUCGAUCAACGAAUAGGGCGCCGGGGGUCAUGGCAUGCAUGCGCGGGCACGCGAUGCUGGCUUCCUUCCAUCAAUCAAUAUCUCCUGCUUAUUCCAGGGUGUUGCGUGGAUAUGCACUACAGGAUAAGGAACAGCUAGCGGCCGUGUACCAUAGCACUUCCGCUAGUGUCAAAUAAACUUGAGUCUAUUCUAUUAGUUGUACAACUACUCAUAUGAUGCUCACUUAUCUCCAUUCUAUAAAGUAUAAUAAAGUACAACUACGGUGGUUUUUUGUUUA